ACAAACAAUAUGGCAACAACCUCCCUUCUUACACUCACCCUAUUCCUCUUUUCAUUAUUACAUAACUUUUCCGGCACCGCCACCGCCGCCACUUCCGCCACCACCUUUAUCAAAAUUUCUUGCCGCGCCACCGCAUACCCGACCGUUUGCAUUCAAUCAUUAGCAACAUACGCUUCCGCAAUCCAAACAAGUCCUAAACAAUUGGUUACGGUCGCAUUGUCCGUAAGCAUCGACCGUGCUCAAUCCACAAAGGCUUUUCUUUCGAACCUCGCUAAAGCCCGCGGGCUCAAGCCCAAGGAGUAUGCCGCCGUCCAUGAUUGCUUGGAGGAGGUGAAUGACAGCGUGGAUCGACUUGCCAAGUCAGCAAUGGAGCUGAAAAGCAUGGGCCGGGCUCGGGGCCCGGAAUACACGUGGCACAUGAGCAACCUUCAAACGUGGGUCAGCGCAGCGUUGACGGAUGACAGCACGUGCUUCGACGGGUUUUCGGGCCGGGCCUUGAAUGGGGGGAUCAAGAAUUCGAUUAGAGCCCGGAUGAGUAAUUUGGCUCAGGUGACAAGCAAUGCAUUGGCACUGUGUAAUAAAUUUGAUUGAGAAGCUGUUUGGUUGGGUUUGUUUUGAAUUAAAUUAAAUUAAAUAGUAAUUAAUAUUAAUAUAUGUAGUUCAAUUUCGAUGCAUUUGUAUUGUAUUGAAGUUUGAAUAUAUUAUAAUAGUAUGAAUUUUGUAUAUGGAACAUUAUUCCUCGUUGGAAA